AUGCGUAAGUUGUAUUCUGUGGUACACUGCCUUUCAUCCCUGAAGUGAAUUUCUAUUUGUGGCAGUGCUGAUUGAGCUAUGGAGAACUUUUUCGCAUCGAAUGUCUUAAUAAUGUAUGAUUUAUGGUUCAGUAAGUUUAUUAAUGGGAGGCAGACAACUUCUGCAUUGAACUCUACUAAUACUCGCAAGCCUCGGCGCAGCAUUGCAGGUGUAAACAGUGAUUUUACACUGCAGUAUUUGACCUGUCCUUCGUUCUGCGUUCCAAAGAGGCCGGUCUGCGUACCUAUCGGCCACCUCACCGGUUGGGGGCCCAGAUGCUUCGAUUUCUGGGGACGCUGUAGUUUAAAUAAAAGAUCAUCAUGACGAAAGUAAAAUUAGAACAGGGUGUUGGGGUCUAAUAUAUGUUUGGCUUCUAGUUCCUAUCUUGGCUUUUGGAUUGAGGUCCAGUCCACAAGGCAGCGGGUAGCAUGAAGCAUUUGUUUAAUGGCGGCUGGCGUUUACCGUGUUUCAGUACGAUCAUUGACAUUUUAUGACGCUUUAUUGGAUGGUUGGUUCGUCAAACCUCGGCCCUUUGCAAACUGCCCUCACUGACGCCGCUGAUCCGCGUCUACUUAUUUCUGAGAAACAGGCCUCUACGGGGCACAAACCCGGACGCAUGUUGCAACGCUGAGCCUCUCGCGGUUACUUGUACGUUCACACCAAUUGCGGUCAGGUCAUCGGCCAAUGCCGGCUGGCCAAAGCAGUUAAUCAUCUUCGAGGCUAGCUCAGACGUGGCUUCCCUGAAGGCGCUGAACGACUGCCUCACUGUCUCACUCGCGGCAUCGGAUGUGCUCUCGUCGACUGCCAGCGCCUACUAACAUCUUCUCCGAUAGUUUCGUACAGAAUAAGACAUUUUCCGACUGUCGCACCACUUCUUCUCUUUCUGUUUGUAACUGGGCUUGGUGAUAUUAGAGGAUAGGAUCUCUCUAUGUCUUACGCCGCCGUGAUAGGCCCACUUAUGUCGCUGCUUACCUUCUCCGAGGGCCAUUACGCUAUCUCUGCGAACAAUAUGUUAUUUAUUGCAAAUAGCGCUGAGGAGGUUCCGCGUUCGUAUAUUUUUAGUGGCCAAAGUGUUUUAUCCCAAGCGUGAUAUGAUUAUGCUUAUAAUGUUUUCUAUCAAUUUUCACUUCGUGGUUACCCCCAGUCAAACAUGAAUCUACCUGAACACUGGGACCGUAACAGUUUUGCCAUGGCAGUGUAGGGCAGCAAACACUCCGAGUUUCAAAAAGUUCUCAGCAGUCUUUGUAAAUGCGGUAACGAUUCAGAAUUCUCCCUCAAACAGAACGGACAUGUCAACAAAUCACGGUGUACCUAAUCAAAUCUGUUAACCACGAUGCCCACUAUAGCUUAGAGGGUGUUAGUUAGAGUGUGGCCAUCUGUCUGAUAUGUCGAUUACUAGAACACAAUAGUGCAAAGGAACAAUGACAUUUCGCUCGCUGUCCAUCACAAAUGCAACACUUCUGAACCCAGGUUGACAGAGUGCAAAGUCGAUCCUAUAAAUAAAUUGUCCAAAGUGAUGUGGAAACCGGCUUGGUAUUAACUAACAAGAUUUUGUGGGCGUGUUCGAAAUCUCGGUUAACCCUAGACUUCCUUACUUCACCAGUAUCUGCCAGGUCCAGGCGAUAAUGUCGGCUUUCGAUAACACACACCGGUUCAUGUCAAAAUUCAGCAGGACUGAUUUAACCACUGAACCUCCGUAUAAUGAGUGAACUAUCCCAAUUGCACAUACCUCAGCAUCUUAACAAAAUUCAGGGUUGUGGGACCAGAAUUACACGUAAAUAUUUCACUGGCGAUCACGCGCAUGACGCGCUGAACGCACCGCGAACCUAGCCGAUUUAUUUGAGCCGGUUGAAGUAACUGUUGGCGCCGACCAAAGAUGGGGACGUAACGACCAUGUGUCCGUGAAGAUUUUGAUGUCUUUCCCCUUGAAAUCGAUUCCCCCUGCCCGCAAUUAACGUUCAUUGCAGACUUCCUCGCUCUCGCUCUCUCCCGUUCCACGUCAGCAUCCCCUCGACCCACCUCUGCAGUUUCACGCAACGCUGCACUCACUGCCUGUUAUCUAACAGACAUGACUGAACACUUGCACACCAGAUGGGUCAAUGAUAUAUGCAAUACUCCCUCCCGGUAUUAUUGUACCCUUCUUACUUUUAAACUCGUUUAUUACCAUUAGUGUGAUUUUUUGUAAUUCAUACUACUUUCACUUACGUCUGGCGUGGUGCGUACCAACUUUAGUUCUCAUGUGACCUAGAAACGGCCCCGGGUUUGUUACUUAAUGGCUUGUGCGUCGCCCUCAACGUCUUCUGCCACUAGAACGCAAGAGGCGUCCGGUUUUCUUGUAUGUCCCUUUCGAACAGAAUUCCUAUUAUUGGGGACCUGACAAUUGCUUUUAGGUAGUGAGUUGCCACAAAGCAAUCUUAAUGCUGGUCUGCAUACACUACGGGUGACUGUUCACUUCGUUUACAUCCCCACUCUAAUGUUACUAGGCAAACUUGCUAACUUCUUAUUACAAAUGCAACAUUCCCAAAUGUGACUUCACAAAUAUUCACUUGAUCAAACUCCGAGAAUGUACGGCCUUGAUUCCCAGCACGUCGUGCAACACUUUUGAAACGAGCUUUAGGGUAGGACAGGGAGGAAGCAUUCAAAUGCGCUAUUUUUUUCGGAAACCCGUAUAAGGAUAUGGGACAGCACUUAUUUAAAAUAAGCGACUGAACUGAUUUCACAGUAGGUUGAAAAGCAGAUAGAAACAUGAUUCAUAUUGAAUAUUUAAAAAAUUGUUUUUUUUUAUUAACGAAAUGGUAAACAACAACAGGCAUAGAAGAGUGCAGACAUUAACACCAAAUCUGCGUAUUCAGCCGAAUACUCACACUUGAUACCAUAUGAUGUUGUGGAGUCAACUAAAGGACAACGCACAUGUGAGUAAAAAAGGCACCGAACGGUAGUAUUAUUCUCAUCUUCGCAAAAUUUCCAAUAACUUCAAUAACAGGAAAACCAAAAGAGGCACCGUCAUUGCGACCGCGGCAAGCACGGACAUAAAACUCGCAAGCUGCCGGUACGUCCAGUGUUGAGUGACAUCCUGCAGACCCAGUAGCUUAGCUACAUCGCACAGCCAGAUGGCGAUGCUUUCGUUACGAGCGCUGCGGUCCUUCCCUCGGUGUUUGACCUCUCUUUGUUGUUCGGACCAGCUGAAGGCGUCCACCAGGUGCGCUUCGUCCUCUUGUGUCCACAGAACUCCAGACUAAAUAGAGAAACACCUCUGAAUAUAUAAAAUAUCUAAAAUUGAGCAUACGUCUCUGGAAUUUUUUCCGGAUAUCAGUAAUUUAAGUGCAACUACUUGUAUGACUGCAGCUAGUAAGAAUAUUCUAUAAAAUUGUUUCCUAGCACGGAGCUUAAUGCUAACUUUCUCUACUAACGCGUCCGUUACCACUGUCGUUACGAAUAUUAGCAUAAUCUGUGGAGAAAUAUUAUAAAAUACGCAAAUGGAGUGGAGAUAAGCAUACCUAAGCCACAGAUGAAAGGCCUCGGGAGUUAAACUUGGACUCUAGCACUGGACCAAGGGCUCGCCUCUUAUUGACAGUAAUAAGCAACCGUGAUGAAAAUUGAUAAAUUGUUUACUUAAUUAGGCUCACGCCAAUGACUGCAUACGUUCGUCCGUUUCCUCAAUUUGCCUUUCAUGUAGACCUUAGCUUACCAAUGUGGAGUGUUUAAAAAUUUCUUAUGAAUUUUAGCCGCUAGUUUGUUAUUUCCCACACAGGUUUUUUAUCAAUAAAGUUUUUACAAAAGGGCGUUUCUCAGCCUCCCAUGUUUCCUGCUAAGCUGUCAGAUAAACGCUCAUCUUAUUUUUAAAAUUGCUCUAGCACCAGGCACGAUUCUUGAGGACAACGUCCGGCGAUAUCCGCAUACAUGUUUAUACUAGCUGCAGGCACGACGCAGGCUGACGCACGACCACCCCUCAGUUUUCAUUUUCGGGAUUCCAUUUACGGCUGCGCCGAGUCACGACAGAACCCAUAAACAGGGGCCAUUUUAAGUGCGUCAAAACGCGACGCUUGUCACCGUAGAUUCUUUGUUAUCAUGCGCCCUCAAGUAAGUCCACGUGUCCAUCAGUCUUACUUCCACCACAUAGGUAACUCAGUCAAUCACUUUCUAAUGCUGACACGGACAUGUCAAGCACACUCGCGGGAACAACACGUCGCGACUCGUGCUCUCUACAAUAGACGCCUUGUUGUUCUGGCUUACAGGCCAACUGCCAACUCACAGCACUUUGCCCCGUAUAAAGCAAAAAAAUUACUAAAUCCUCUAGUUGCCUACCUUUGGUCAUUGGACGGGACAGAAUUCACCGUGUGUGGUUUCAGUCGAUUAAGUAUCCUUGAUCGUCACGCAACGUCCAAAGCCGUCGCGGAGACGCCACCCUCCCUUUACAUAGAGAAUUGACGUCAUUGGACCUGAACAAAGUUCCCAGGCCUCAGUAGAAUAACGGAAGUUACUCUAGAAGACACUUUCUCCAAAUUACCAGAACUUUUGGGUAAUAAGUCGGUCGCUCUCGCCAGGUCAGUUCUUUAUCUUGAACCAUAAUAAUGAUGCAGAUUUUCAAAUUAACGUUAAAUCAACUGCAGUGUUGAUUUCUACGUGCUAGGGAAGGAUGGAAAUAAAGGUUGAAUUUCCAUUGCGCUAACUCAAAUAGGUCCAUUCGGUAUUUAUAGCUAAUUCUUCUGCCUGAUCUAAACCAAGGAGAACUACCUCGAUAGAUCUCGCUGACCGAUGAUAUGAGAGAAAGAAAUACGCUUUAUUUCGGAAAUACGAUUCCGAAGUGUUCAACAAGAACGUGCUUCAUUCACUGUGGAUAAAGAUUAAUGCGCAGAAGAGAACACAGACAGAUCAAAUUAUGAUUUUUCUUCACACUCUUCUCAUGCUGGUUAUCGGUCUAACAGGGGUUCAAUCCAGACCCUAAAAACAAUGAUAACAUCUUUGUUCGUCAGUUAAAUGCUUGAACCUAACCGUAGCUUACGGGUACUGAAUUCUGGAGUGCCAUGACAUCCAUGGAAUCGGUUCUGGAAGGUCACCACGUUCGCCAAGAAGUAUCGACGGCGUCCACCAAAAAGGGCUGGUUUCAUCAGCCCACUUUAAGGGCCUAUCUGGCUGGAUAUUUCCAAAUACCGUUAGAAACGUUGCCGCUCAGACACACUGCUGUUACCAGAUAACGAACCUACCAACUGUUUCUCUACCCGGAGGUAUGUCAAUGUUUUUAAAAGUAUCAUAUUGUAAUACCCCCCUGCCCCCGGUACAGACGUCACUUCAUGACCAUUUCUGUUCUCUUGUCGGCGAGAUGUGUCAAUAAUGUGGGUCAAGAAUAUCCUGCCGCUGACGGGCACGAACGCCAUUCUCUGAUUGGCUAAUCAGUGACGUAAGACAGAUGUGCCUUUGUCUCAUGCCCUGAAAUCUCUCGCCAACAUCCUCUUGUACUCUCCAACAGACUUCUGUCUGUCCUGCCAACAUCGUCUCCGGGGCAUCUCUCUUACAAACGCAGUAUUACCAUGUUCAGCAAGCACAAUGGAUCGCAAGACAGACUUGGUGGACUUACUCCACGGAACUAUCGUUACUGACUCAGAUGAGGAUUGAGAAUAUUCACAACAAACCAUCGCGAUUGAGUUCUGUGUAAUGCAACUGCUUACGGUGCCUUGCGUUCCUCCUCCUUACUGCCUAUUCUCUGACUGAUGUAGGAUACAGCAAAUGUUCAUGAAAGAUCCUUUGUCCAGUUCCCGAUGUAACCUCUUUUCUCUCUUUUAUUACUACGUCCCCUUUCCAUGAAUUAUUAGUGCCCUUAGUAAGGUGGGCACUGAUAUUCAGUCCUUCUUGAAUGGGCUUAUUGUGGAUGAAAAAAACGUGGACAGCCUAGUUAGGGGUCAUAACUUUGAUUGCAUAAUUCAGUAUUUGUCUGUCCUAAAGAUUUGAAAGCUGGAUCAAGUGACCUCUGCCCAGUCAUUCUUGCAAUGUUUACCUGUGUACAGAGUUGGGUAUGAAUGCGCCACUUCUCAUUUCACAUUAAGAACGUGCAUGUUGUUACUGAAACAGACAACGAACCUUUAUUUCAUAUGCAGACUGAUUCAUGCCUCACGCAAGUCCGAAUGCGUGCUUUGCGUAGGGACCUCCCCUUCGAACUCCGCCCUCACUGAAAUUUCGUCCUGACAUCUAAAUUUUGCCAUGAAUGUGGGAUGGGAAAAUUCUUCCAUUCGAAGCUUACCAAGGUCACGACAAUUCCAGUUCUCCGAUGAGCAGUCAAGGCUCCCAAGAUGUCCAUUCGCUGGAAACUGCCAUGCAUGCCAUCGUGUCGCAUUCGUUACAACACCAGUAUUUACACUCUUUCCGAAAACGCCGCGUUGACCAUCUAAAUUUACAUUUUAUGAGUUUUAGGUGGCAAUCAAUUCCAUGUGGCCCUCACUGAGGUCUGUAGGUCUUUGAAAGUGGAUACUCCUGCUGAGUCCAGGAUAUAGCAGGAGGAAUGGAUCUUAACUGAUAUGACCUCCUAAGAGCCCCCAUAACAGGUUGGCGUCUAACCAUUUUUGAUGGUAAAAGUGAUGACGACGAUUAUGGUGGUGGUGGUGUCGGUGUUGGCUACGGUGUUGGUGGUGUCGGUGGUGGUGUCGGUGUCGGCUACGGUGGUGGUGGUGGUGGUGGUGGUGGUGGUGGUGGUGGUGGUGGUGGUGGUGGUGGUGGUGGUGGUGGUGGUAUUUGA